UCGAAGUCGAGCAAGAUGAACGUAAAAUCUUUGAAUGUUAUUAUGAAGCUGCCAAUUUGAAUGAUGUUAUUGGAAUGUCACAAGUUGCUCAUUAUUUUCGAGGUAGAAAGAGAUUUAAAAAAAUCGAACAUUUGGUACUUAAGGAUAAGAAAGCAUUAUUUUAA